CCCCCAGACAUUCCUGGACAUCUCCCCCAGCCCCAAGCACGCUAUAAACACCGAUAAGAAAAAGUUUUUAUUUCCUGGUUCAACUUUUUUCUCCUGGAAUAUAAACUGAAGAAUGGGAAUAAAUACGAAUAAAUAACAAAGCGAGGCCGCGCACGCCGGGAUGCGCCUGGCUGCAGCCUGCACGGCUUUUGUCUCCCCACCCUGAAGCCAGCCCAGGCGUCCUCCUCCGUUCCUUCCCUUUCCUGGUCCCUUUUGCUUUUCCUUUUAAAAAAAGACGCCCCCUCCAGCCCCCUUGCCGGUGACCUUGGCUGCCUAGGAUGCUCUGAUUCCGUGCCUCCCUCCAACUUGGCCCCGCGCCGCCUUGCCCAUGGCCGCAUCCGAGGACGGCAGCGGCUGCCUUGUGUCGCGGGGCCGCUCGCAGAGUGACCCCAGCUUCCUCAGCGACUCUUCAGCCACCUCUACGGACGCCGGGGAGAACCCAGAUGAGAUGGACCAAACUCCCCCAGCACGCUCCGAGCCUCUGGUCUCAGGGAUUCGAACUCCCCCUGUGCGGAGGAACAGCAAGCUGGCCACACUGGGCAGGAUCUUCAAACCGUGGAAAUGGAGGAAAAAGAAAAACGAGAAGCUGAAGCAGACGACGUCAGCGCUGGAGAAGAAGAUGGCUGGCAGGCAAGGCCGGGAGGAGCUCAUCAAGCAGGGGCUUCUAGAGAUGAUGGAGCAAGAUUCUGAAAGUAAAGCAUACAGUCCCAAUGAAGGCCCCCAACCUGCACAGAGUGAGCCGUCCACUGCCGAGCAGGAGACACCGACCUCGGAGGGUGUCCAGCCUGGAAGUCCCUUGGCCAGUGGGACAGACCAGGCCACUCAGGAUGAGCUUCUGCCCUCCGAUGCCCAUCCGGAUGACACAGCCAAGAUGCCAUCUGCGUCCAGUGCUGAAGAAGACGAGGCCGGCAGCCUCCUGCCCACCACUGAUGAGCUCUCUCAAGCCUUAGCUGGGUCUGACUCCCCGGACAGUCCCCCCAGACCCCUGGAGAGAUCUGCGAGCCAGCUCCCCAGCCCUCCACUGCUGCCCACCCCGCCACCCAAGGCCAGCUGUAAAGCCACAAAACCUGUCACAGGGCAAGCUGCGCUCUUCCAAGGCCCCAGCAUGAAGAGCAGCGAGCCGGCACUCCGAGGACAGCUUGCCACCCCCACAGGGUCCCCUCAUCUUACCACUGUCCACCGGCCACUGCCCCCCAGCCGCGUGAUUGAGGAACUACACAGGGCGUUGGCCACAAAGCACCGUCAGGACAGUUUUCAAGGACGAGAAUGCAGAGGGUCUCCAAAGAAGCGGAUGGACAUGCGUCUGUCCAGGACGUCCAGCAUGGAGCCGGGCAAGGAGAGGGAGGAGAUGUGGAGCUUUGACGGGAACUCAGAGAACAAGCGGACUUCCGUCAAAGACUCGGAGGAGAACAAGGAGAAUCUGAUACUGAGCUCCGAGCUCAAAGAUGACUUGCUUCUGUAUCAGGACGAGGAGGCGCUCAACGACUCCAUCAUCUCUGGCACUUUGCCAAGGAAAUGCAAGAAGGAGCUGCUGGCGGUGAAGCUGAGGAACCGGCCGAGCAAGCAGGAGCUAGAGGACCGGAACAUCUUCCCCAGGAGGACCGAUGAGGAGAGGCAGGAGAUCCGACAACAGAUAGAAAUGAAGCUCUCCAAAAGGCUGAGCCAGAGACCAGCCGUGGAGGAGCUGGAGAGAAGAAAUAUCCUGAAACAAAGGAAUGAUCAGACCGAGCAGGAAGAAAGGAGAGAAAUCAAGCAAAGAUUAACAAGAAAGCUUAAUCAGAGACCCACUGUUGAUGAAUUGAGAGACAGAAAAAUUCUGAUCCGUUUCAGUGACUAUGUGGAAGUAGCAAGAGCACAGGACUAUGACAGGAGGGCAGACAAACCCUGGACAAGACUGUCAGCAGCAGAUAAGGCAGCAAUUCGUAAAGAAUUAAACGAGUAUAAAAGUAAUGAAAUGGAGGUACACGCGUCCAGCAAGCACUUGACAAGAUUCCACAGGCCAUAGAGAUUUUCUUCUGAGAAGAAUUUGUGUUUAAUUUUUGAUACCAACACAGAACAUUCAUCAGGGAACUUUCCUCAAGACUAACUGCUGUGUUUGUGAGAAGAGCAGAAUCACACAGAGGCGCAAUCCUGACCACUUACCUACAAGAGGAGCAACCCAGAGGACACACUCCCUUCUUUGAUGUCUGAGGAGUGUGAACUGUUGGGGUCACUUAAGACCCAGAGUAACUCUCCCAGAAGAAAACGUGUUUGCCUUCAGCCUUGUUCUACAGUUCUGCAGUGUCCUGGAGGACGGGCGACAUGCAUGUGCAGGCUCACAUCCCAGCCUCCACCUCGAGGGACAUGUGACCCAGUGUCAUUCAGUAUUUUGUUGAAAAGACAUUUUUAUCCUGAUGAUUUGAAAACUAAGUUCAUGUUAUAGAGUGAUUUACUGUACUAUACUUUCUCUUUUUUAUAUGAUGUCUAACAAAAAAAUACAGUUCCAACAUUUUGAUUCCUGUUAAUUUUGUUCUUUAAUUAAAUGACUACUUAUUGCAGGAAAUGAACCCAGGCUUCCAUUUUCUUGGGGCUGGGAUGAGGUAUACCUGGGGACUGUGAAAGAACAAGUCAAUUCUUAAAGCCUUUGAACCAUCAUAAUCUAAACACAAGAAAGAAAAUUCCAACUUUGUUUUCUGUUGAUUCUGUCAAAUAUAUAAAGGUUUGUGCCUUGAAAAACUAGUUACUCUUUUUUCAAGUUAGUUAAAUAAUGAAGGAGUACUGAGUACAUUUAAUCUAGAAGUAACUUACUGAAAAUACUAACAACAUGAAAAUCUAUGCCUUUAAGAGGAGCUCUAAGAUUUUAUUUACCUACACUGUCAAAACCCGCAUUAGAAAAGUUGAGCUGGACUGGAGAUUUGUAGUAAUUGUUUGCUCCAGUCCAAGGGGAGAAGGCGAGCUAAUUAACAGUCCCCUACGCUAGCUGUGGGCUUUUGUUUGGUUGGUUUUGUGUUUCUUUCUGUUUUUGUUUUUACUUUUAAGUCUUUCAGAAAGAAACCUUCUUUCCCUUUGCCCAAUAUGCCGGUCAGCGGGAAACAAUGGCUUGGAGCAUGAUCUCAAAGCUCCAAGACUUACACUCAAAUCGAGGCUCUGUGCUCUUCCAAGCACGUGACUUGCUCGUUAGGAUGGUCUUACUACUGCUGUAAUAUAGCUAACUGAGGUAAAGAAGCUAACAUGCUAGCAUGAACCCAGUAUUCUCAGCCUCAGUGUGUUAGCUAAACAGCACCAAGGCCAAGUGUCCUGGACAAAUGUACACAUCGGCCACGCACGCCUCACUGCUCUCCUCACUCUUUAAAGACUGCUUGUAGGCCGCAUUGUCUAUGAAACCUGCUUGGCAUUUGUGACAGCGCUCCAGUCAGAGACUUAUGACCAGUCCUGAUACCUGUAAACAUUCUAUUACUUUACUUUUUUGUUGUUGUCGUUUUGCUUUUUGUUUUGUUUUUUUGAGACAGGGUGUUGCUGUAGCUUUGGAGCCUGUCCUGGAACUCACUCUGUAGACCAGGCAGGCCUCAAACUCAGAGAUCUGCCUGCCUCUGCCUCCAGAGUGCUGGGAUUAAAGGCAUGUGUCACCACCGUCUGAAUAGUUUAAUUAGUUAAAAUGAUAGCAAGAAGGUUCUAGUGUUAUCUCUUCUAUGUUGUGUGAAUUAAAAGCUUUUGUAACUGGAAGCCAGUAACUGAAUUUCACACACAUGGAGGGUAUUUGCAAAUCGUAGAGUCCGUCAAUACCCUUGUUGUGGCCAGUUAAAAAUCAAAU